UUCCCACCGUUUUUUUUCCACUCCUCCGUAGAGCCUAAAAAAAACAAGGGCAUCCAUCGGUCUCUCGAUCUUCCUCACACCUCAUCCCCGAGUCUCACGUCAGGCUGAACUAUCCGCGCUGUCAUCUCUUCAGCUGCCGUGUGAAGACUAUCCGUGUGUGUCCUCUCCGACACCUGGAGGUUUGUUUGCACCCUGCGGGGUGGCGCGGGGGGGGGGGAUUGCCGAGCCGAGCGGCAGGGGCGUAAGAGGCGGAUGCUGUGACCGUAGAGGCUGGGUACAAACCGGGAGCAUCACCGCAACUCACCACGAUGGACAGAAUGAAUUUUCUCUCCUUCUUCCUCCUUUGCUUGACUUCGGUUGCCAAUGGCAACAAAGCCAAUAAGCACAAGCCAUGGAUCGAGACAGAGUACCAGGGGAUCGUCAUGGAGAACGACAACACGGUGCUGCUCAACCCCCCUCUCUUUGCUCUGGACAAAGACGCUCCACUUCACUACGCUGGUGAAAUCUGUGGCUUCCGGGUCCAUAAUGGCCCCUCGGGUUCAGGCUCAGUCCAGUUUGAAGCUGUGGUUCUGGACCGCUCCACCGGAGAGGGCCUGGUCCGGUCCAAGGAGCCGCUGGACUGCGAGAGCCAGCGGGAGCACAGCUUCACCAUCCAGGCCUACGACUGCGGAGAGGGACCUGAUGGAGUCAACAGCAAGAAAUCCCACAAGGCCACCGUGCAUGUUCGCGUUAAUGACGUCAAUGAGUUCUCCCCCGUGUUUGUCGAGCGUCGGUACGAGGCUUCAGUCCCAGAAGGACGUCUGUUUGACAAAAUCGUGCGGGUGGAGGCUCUGGAUGCCGACUGCUCGCCGCAGUACAGCCAGAUCUGCUUCUAUGACAUCAUCACUCCUAAUGUGCCCUUUGCUAUCGACAACGAUGGUAACAUUAAGAACACGGAGCCGUUGGACUCGAAGCGCCAGCGCGUUUUCACCUUCUGGGUGACCGCCUUCGACUGCGGAAAGAACCGAGCUCAGGCUGAUGCCCAGGUGGUCGUCACCGUCAAGCCGUCCUGCAAACCCGGCUGGAUCGGAUGGACCAAGCGUGUAGAGUACACACCCGGGUCAGGCAGCAUCCCCUUGUUCCCCAGCCUGCAUUUGGAGACCUGUGAGGAGACUGUGUGGAACAUCCAGGCCACCGUAGACCUCCAGACCGGCCACAUCGGGAAGGGCUGUGACAGAGACAGCUACUCUGACAGAUCUGUCCGACGGCUGUGUGGUGCUGUCAGGGGUGAGGUGGACCUCCUCCCUCCUCCAUCUCCAGCUGCCAACUGGACCUCCGCUCUGCCCACUCUCCCCUCUUCCGAUUCCUCUCUGGUCUUCUCCUUCAACGGAUCCAACCAUGUCGCCGUGGUGCCGGAUUCGGUUGUCUCCGCGUUGUCGGGCGACCACUUCACCCUGCAGCUGUGGAUUAGAAGGGGCGGAGCCAACAUCCAACCUGCGACCACUCAGACCAGAGGCAGUCGCAAGGAUGAGGAGACUAUUGUGUGCAGCACUGUCAAGAAUGAUGAUUCUUUCUCCCACUAUUCCCUCUCUGUCCACGGCUGCCGCCUCUCUCUCUUCUACUGGCCCGACGUCUCCGCUGCACGGCCCGUCAAGUUCUUGUGGAAACUGGAGCAGGUGUGUGAUAGUGAGUGGCAUCAUCUGUCACUCAGCGUCCAGUUCCCCUCCGUGACCCUGUAUGUCGACGGUGUGACCUUUGACCCCGCCCUCAUCCAUGACAACGGCGCCAUCCCCAACCCCGCCCCCCGCCAGAGGAUGUUCAUCGGCGCCUGCUGGGAGCCCGAAGAGAAGCAGAAGGAAAUACUAAACAACACCAUCCCGGAGGGUAAAGACUCAGUGAAAUAUGUGGGAGGUUACCACGGCCUGUUGUCAGGGGUGACGGUGCGUCCUGGCAGCGUGGAGCCUCACAGUGUGGUGGAGUGUCUGUACGCCUGCAGGGAAGGCCUGGACUUCGGAGACCUGGAGACUCUGGGCUCCGGCAUGAAGGUUCAUGUGAACCCCAGCCAGUCGGUGUUGGUGCUGGAGGGAGACGACAUCGAGAGCUUUAACCGCGCAGUGCAGCAGGUCACCUACAGGAACUCGCUUCGCUUCGCCACCCCUGGAGUCCGACCCCUCAAACUAACCACCUCGCUCAGAUGUUUCAACGAGGAGAGCUGCCUGUCUCUCAAGCAGCUGGAGGGAUACCUGGUGGUUCUCCAGCCUGACGCCCCUCAGAUCUCUCUGUCUGGGGUCGGCCCUCAUCUGGCUCGGCCUGCCCCGGAGUUUGAGGGUCCCCGUGGUGUCCCCCUUUUCCCUGAGCUCCGGAUCGUCUGUUCCUUGUCUCAUGCUGUCAACACAGCUGCACAGGGGAUGGAGGGAGGAGCUCUGAUGUCUGACGCCGUGGCUCACACUUUGGACGGCUGUGAGGUCCAGCCACUUGGGGAGGAGCUAAACCCAGAGAGGGAGGAGCUUCUGGUGGACAUGGAUGUCGUGCGAGAGAGGGGACUGGAAAUCAUCAAUACUACUGCUUAUAUUGCCAUCACAGGUGCCGAAUCCAUCUCUGUGUACGAGGAUGUCCUUCGCUCAGUCCGCUACCGGCUGGCCAAGGGCUCAGCCCGCUUUGAGAGGCGGUUCCGCCUGUCCUGCUCUGAGAUGAACGGCAGAUACACCAGCAAUGAGUUGACUCUGGAGGUGAACUUCCUCCACUCUCUGGACAGUCUGUACCACCCAUCCCACUUGCUGGCCUCCCAGCAGCAGUUUCUCCAUCCAUCCCACCAUGCUGGAGAGCUGAGCGGACACACCCUGCCCAAUCCACACCGCAACUCAGUGGUGCCAGGAGCAGCCACAGUCAUCAUAAUGGUGUGUGUGGGUUUCCUGGUUGUCAUGGUGAUCCUCGGUGUUUUCCGAAUUCGCUCCAUCCAUCGCCGGGGUGAGGGCGCCAGUGGCGAGUCUAAGGAGGGUAGCGGCCAAUGGGACGACUCUGCCCUCACCAUCAUUGUCAACCCGAUGGAGUCCUACGAGACUCGUAUGGGCAUCUCUGCUGACACAGAGGGGGAGGGGGAGGAGGACGAGGAGGUAGCAGAGUCACCUGAAGACGCGAGCGACGACCAGCGAAUCAUCAUAAAGAAGGAGGGGCGGGACGGCAACGCCCGUCGCUACUGAGCCACACAAGGCUUUGCACCAGUUCUCAUGGAAACCACCAACCGGCUCACACACUCCAACACUUUUAAUAUCAACGACUGCUGACACUACUAGUAUAAGGAAUGUAUGCUUACAAACACUACGCACAACACAGUCACUGUAAUAACACUUCUUGACACUCAACGCCAUAUGUGACCUAUAGCCAACAACGGGCAGUUGUUCUUCACCUAAAUGUUCAAUGGCACAAUGUAUACAUUUAAUGUAAUUUAACCGCCUGAGCAAAACCCCACCAAAAUUGUAUGUGGUGCACCAGUUCUCGAUCACAAGAUGGUAUUGUGUCUGUAUAGCGUGAAUCGGACUGCUUUUGUUUAAAAAAAAGAAGAAGAUUGUAUUCUAUCUUUUGUUAUUGAACACGGAAUGAAAUCUUCACAAACUGAAUACACGACAACAAUCCGCAACAUGCAGGCCGUGAAUAGACGAGUAGGCAAAGACAUGAGCCUUGAUCCCGACACAUCCCUUAUUAGACUCGACUCAAGAAGUCUCUGCACAAGCUCUUUUCUCCCUCUUUGCAUCCUCUCUCGACACAUUCCUCGACCACCGGUAACCACAGAGUGAAGACAGUGAGGUCAGACAGCAGACAGUCACUCUUCUUAAAAGCUAAAGAAAAACCCUACUACGCUUGCAGGUAUUUUUCUUUUGGUAUUGUGACUACUUUAGUGCUUCAGCUAUUUUACGUGGGGUGGAUGAUAAAAUGAGAAGAUUUGAGGACUAUCAACCGUACACCUCGGUAUUUACGCAAGUUGGUACUUAUGCAAUACCCAGAAGCAGAGCAGAAGCCUCCAGGUGUUGAGUCAGGAGUCUUUGC